GCGGAGUGCAGACGUGGGGCGGGGUCGCGCUUACGUCACCGCCGCGACGUGCAGUCGCUGCUGCACUCCAGGGUUGCGGAGUAAAGAUGGCGUCUGAGAGCGAUGUCUUGUCUGAGAUUGAAGUUCUGAAGUCCAUUUACCUGGAGGAGCUGAGAGUCAGCCGGAACAGCACCGGGGACUGGGAUGUGAGCUUGGUCCUCCACCCCUCUACAGCUGAAGACUCCCUUUCCCAGUUUGUGAGGCUUACCCUGACAUUAACUCUAGACUCACAGUACCCUGCCUCUUCACCCUGCAUCUCCAUCCAUCACCCUCGUGGUCUUUCUGAUGACAAGAUCCUCAGUGUUAAGCGCUGUCUGCACAUGGAGGCGCAGUCCUGUCUAGGAGAGCCAGCACUCUACCAGCUCAUUGAGAAAGCCAAAGAGAUCCUGACAGAGAGCAAUAUUCCCCACGGGAACUGCGUCAUCUGCUUGUAUGGUUUCAAGGAAGAAGAAAUAUUCACCAAGACCAGCUGUUAUCACUAUUUUCACUCGUACUGCCUGGGCCGCUACAUUGCUCAUUCGGAGGCUGAGAUAAGAGAGAGGAGGAAGGAGAUGGAGGCGGACAAGACGAGGGGUAGAGCUGACAGCCAGGAGUUGACUGUAGUGUGCCCAGUUUGUCGAGAGCCCUUGACCUAUGACCUGGAAGUUCUUCUGGCCUCUCCUGCUCCUCACUUUCCCACACUUGAAGAGACAACUGUACAGGCAGAAUUUCGAAAGAAAUGGACAGGACUUCAGGCUAUUUUGGAGCGACAAAGGGAAAGGGGAGGAGUCAUUGACCCUGAGGUGGAAUCUAAUCGUUUUCUAAUACAUAUUAAUGAGACACCCUCUGAUCCCAGCAGCCUGGGCCCUGCCCUAGACAGCCCUCCCUGCCAGGUGGAGCCUGCCCCUCCUCCUGAACCCAUUCAGCUUCCUGGGUGUCAGAGCCAACCGGUUUCUGGCCACUCUCAGCGCAGGCCUGAUCACGGCCACAAGCAGCACAGCCAGCCAAGGCGGAGGAGGAAAGAGAGGAGCCGACCGCUGCAGGAGAAGCCGGAUGAGCUCGCAGAGAGUGUGGCAAAGCUCACAUUCUGCUCAGGGCCACAGUCCACAUUCAAGGGGAAUGAGGUUGCAUCUGAAGUUCAAAGAGAAGCUGCCGUUUUGGUGAAUGCUAUCAGCUCAGAAGGCGGAGUGUACCCAAGUGCAGGCAAUACUGCAGAUGGGGAGAUGCAUGCGGAUGUGCGUUUAUCAAAAACCAUGGCCAGUGGGCAGCCUGUAAACCCAUCGAGGUUGGACACCAUCCCACCCCCCAGCGCGCCAGGGAGAGAACAAGGCCAGAGAUGGGACCGAGAAAGGAGGAGGGCGCCACGAAGCUUUGGACAGCAGGCUGGUCAACCGGAGGAAAGAAGUGUCAAAGGGGCGGACCAUUGGGAAGCUCCCAGGGACAGUUUCCAUUUCAGGGGAGGUCGAGGUCAAAGGGGAAGGGGCGGUGCUAAUCCCCACCAUAGAGGUCGAGGACCAGGAAGAGGGAGUGGGAGGGGCUUUAGUCAUAGGGGCACAGAGAGAGUGGAUGGCUGGGAUGGAGAUGCUUGGAAAAAGAAUGAAAUGUAUGUCCAUUUGAAUUCCCCAGAGUAGCUCUCCACCCUGCCACUGGGACAUUCUAAAUGAAAUGAAUGCAUGCUCAUUCAUCUGCUAGUAAUAUGCUCACCUAGACUAAAUUCUGGACAUUUUAGGUUUGUACUGGAGUCCUCACAGCACUUGAAAGUUUUAAAAUAGCUCUGCUGGCAUUUCUAAAAGGUCAGGGUGGCUGUAUUCCCCUGAUAUUACCUGUAUCGUUCACAAUACUGUGUAAGUAUUUUAAAUUCAACACCUCGGAACCUUACAAUACAGCCACACACUGUGCUGUAUGAUAUCAGAACUGCCAGACAGAUUCACAUGGAGCCGUGUUUGACCGACGUUCAUGUUCGUGCUCUGCCUGUCCUGAAGUACUGAUUCAGACUGCGGAGGUACAAUGAAAAGGUUAAUAAAACAAUGAGAAAGCACGUGCUGAA